AUGCCUCGCGGCUGGUACCUCGCCCAGGGCCUGAUUCCACUCGGCUACAGCAGCAGCGACGACGACGAAGGCCCGUGUGAGCUGCCAAACGGUCGGCUUGUCUGUGGACCGCAUGGACUAGUGCAGUGUGACCUAGAUGAUGACGAGGAAGAUGACGAGGACCACCAUUUGCCUCCCCCACGACACGAGGACGAGAUGGUGAGGGGCACUGGUCUAGUCUUCCCCUCCAAGUUUCAACCUCCCGUUAGCCACCUGCCACCGACGGAGCUGUUUCGUGGCAGGGUCCGUUUUAUGAACAUGAUCAGAUGCACCUUGCCCGACGACAGUUCCACGCUCGUCCUCAUGACUGACGGGGCAUGCCUCAACAACGGCCAAGCCAAUCCAAAGGCGGGUUGGGCUUUUUUCCAGGGGCUGAGUACUGAGGGACAGCCGCGCGUGGUAUCCAACGCUCUGGAGAAGCAGGGUCCUUGGGGCGACGACGCCAUCCAGACCAGCAACCGGGCUGAGCUGCGCGCCGUCAUUGCCGCCCUGCGUUUCCGAUACUGGCCGGGCGAGGGAUUCAGCACAGCUGUCAUCGCCACCGACUCGGAGUACGUCGUGGAGGGCUCGACACAGUGGGCCAAGACUUGGGUGCGGAACGGUUGGAAGACGAGAGGUCAGAGGGGAACUGACAGCGUCAACGUCAAGAACAAGGAUUUGUGGGAGGUGCUCUUGGGAGAGUGUGAGAGAGCUCACCGCAAGGGCUUGACCAUCCAGUUCUGGAAGAUCCCACGCGAAUGGAAUACUCUCGCCGAUGAAGGUGCGAAGAAGGCAGCCGCCGAAGAGGAAGCGCCUGCUAAGUGGACGACUGUCAUCGGCCUCGCACUCUGA